AUGGCGGGGGGAGCAAGUGGGGUCAAUAGCCCCACUCGAAAACGACCUCGGACGCAGAACUCUGCCACCAAGGGAAAGCGUCCGCCGCUUGGAAAUCGCCAUUCCAAUGGCCGUCUAUCUCAGAUCCGUGUCGAAAUGGACAGCGUCGCGGACAUACGAGAAGCUAACAUGCCCACUCUCACUGACCUUAUUGGUGGUGGACGCUCAAGAGCGGAGCAAUUUCUCGGGGAAGAGGCACCCAACAAUAUCUGGGCCUCUUUUGGAAACACCUUGGACAACAUGGGUUCUCUUUCGAAUCUCCCCACCGUCAUCGGAAACGACGACGCGUCAAAGGUUGUGUAUGAUGCGGACUCUCGUGCAUUCAGCGAACAACUCGAACGAGAUGAGAACGUAAGCGAAAGAAAGUUUGAUCAGAUUCCUAUGGACCUGACCUUGAAAAGGAAAGUUGACGUAGUGUCAAAAUCAACACUGCGAUGGGCUCUUCGACGAGGGCAGGGUGAUGAAUACGGUGCGCUUGCGAAAUUGACAAACGGUAAAUCCAGUACCGCGAAUGACGAACGUCAAGAUCCCGUCUCGCGAAAUGACCGGAAUAGACUUGAAGAUGAUUCCAACGUUUUGCAAGCCCGGUCAAACGUUGAUGAAGAUGUGUUGAACUGGAAGAAAUGUCUUUACAAAGCUUUACUCCAUUUCCGCUGUCCAGGCGAGUCUCUGCCCAAAGUAAUAUCAUCGCGAUGGCAAGUCUUGACAUCCAAUUACGGGCGAGCAUCUUGGCAAGAGCACGCGCUUCAUGACGAGAAGAAGUUCGCAGUCCACAGGCUUAUAAACUGGCAGAGCGCAUUCCAAUCACUAUAUUUUGGGUAUCGACAUGGUCACAUACCGGAUUUUUACGUGCUGCUACAGACUACAACAGUUUUGUUUAACAGAGGCAAACCAUGGGCGGGGAGCAAGAAGAGAAGAAGAAGCACAGCUAUGGUAUCUUCGGCGAACGACAACCAGUCUUCUUGCUUCCGAGCGAGUGUUGCAAAGGCUUCGACGGGCCUGAGAGCACUGAUGAGUGAACACGAGGUGCCGUUCACCUUAGUGGAGCGGCCAUCUAGCUUCGAAGACCCUGGUGUAGUUGUUGAAGGAGACUUUGCAAUCCAUGCACUGUUCAACUUUUUGCUGUCUCGAGGGCCAGGUAUAUCAAAUGCUGAUGAUGUUCCGCUGCUAGUAUGCGAUAAGCCCUUUCGAGGUUCAACGAUUUACUCCGCAGAGGUCUUGAACGCUAGGCAAAUGCUAAUACCAGGUAAGCCGGGGGAGCAACCGGAGCAUCGUUAUACUAUGCAGUUGUCUGGUUUGUUUACACCAGGACAAAUUAGCGAUGUGUGCAAUUCUCUUGCUAAAAUACAGCGCGGAGAGUUUGCUGCUCGUUUUAAUACGGACGAAGCCGGCAACAUGUUGAAUAGUUUCGGCCAUGGUGGUGAUUCUUCUGAUGGGGACGAAGCCGAAGAGGACAAACUCAGACUGCGAGGGCCUCUCUUUCUCUCUAGAGUACAAAUGGAUUCAACUCAAAAUGGAUUCUCGGUUACCACUCGUGAAGCAAAAUAA